AUGGCACUUGAAUCGCUUGCUGGAGCGAUAACCCAUCGUGUCUCCCACAGUGGCGAGACAUCUCGUAUCGACACGCACAUCCACGUGCUCACUCCAAGCUACCUCGCCGCCCUCGACGAAGCCGGCGGCGACCCCUCCGGCUGGGCUACCCCCAACUGGACUCUCGAAGAAUGUGUCCGCUUCAGCGACACCAUCGGGUCCUCUUUUUCCGUACUCUCCGUCACGGCGCCUGGUCCAGCCAUCCUUGGACCAACUGAAAAGGGCCGACGAUUAGCUCGGGCUCUCAACCAAGAAGUCUGGGACGUCUGCCAGCAGCGGCCCGGCAGGUUCGGCUUCUUCGCGAGUCUACCCGACUUCAACGACACGGAAGGCACAAUCGCAGAAAUCAAGUGGAUAUUUGGCACAGAGAAAAAGGCCAACGGUGUUGUAGUCAUGACGUCAUACGGCGACAAGCUUGUUGGGGAUGAAGCGUUCAGGCCGAUCUGGGACGAACUCAACAAGUAUGCGGCGCUUGUCUUCGUUCAUCCGAGCCAUGUCAAGAUCACGCCAGAAAGAAUCGGUGGGUUCCUCCCGCAGCCAGUGAUUGAUUAUCCGCUGGCGACGACGCGUGCUGCCAUGUCAUUGAUUGUGUCUGGCGUCAUGACUCAUUGUACCAAGAUUGAGAUCAUCUUGAGCCAUGCUGGAGGAGCGUUUCCGUUCCUUGCGCAGCGUGGGAUCGGAGCGCUAAUGAGCCCUGCCAUCGCGGAGCAGUCCAAAGUCAGCAUUAUUCAGGGUAAAGCUGCAAUGGGCCGAUUUUGGUACGAUAUUGCGCUGUCUACCAGCGAGGCGCAGCUCAAGGCGCUUCUCGCCACGGCAUCAUCGUCACGCAUCGUUUUUGGAAGCGAUUUCCCGUACGCUCCAAAGUUGGGCAUUUACGCUGGCCUGCUGCAGUACAGCAAGUUUGCAAAGACUGCUGCAGGGAACCCAAUCAGGCCUGCAGAGCUCAACAAGAAUGCGACCGUCCUGCUCAAAGCCCAUGCACUCGAGAAUUCCUUUUUACCACAUGACAGGGGUGAGGACGCGAACAGAACUAAGCCGGAAUUUGGGCUGGAGGAGAACGAUGACGCAGCGCAGGCCAGAGAACAGCUGGACGGGCACUGA